UCUGGGCGGUCAGCAGUUUUACCGCGGGGCCGGAGCGGGAGCGGGGCUGGGAACACCAUGGACGCGAAGCUGGAGGCGGCCGGGGAGUUGAAGAGCCGGCGGGUGGACAGUAAAAAGGCCAAGAAGCCGGUGUGUGCCGGCCCGCCUCGGCCACCCCGAUCCCUCCUGUGUCUGAGUCUCCAAAACCCGCUCCGCAAAGUCUGCACCAGCAUCGUAGAGUGGAAACCCUUUGAAAUUAUCAUAUUAAUUACCAUCUUUGCCAAUUGUGUGGCCCUGGCUGUGUACACGCCCCUUCCAGGAGAUGACACCAAUUCGUUGAAUUUCAAGUUGGAAAAGGUUGAGUACGUCUUCCUGAUAAUAUUCACAAUUGAAGCAAUUUUGAAAAUCAUUGUGUAUGGCUUCCUGUUUCACCCAGAUGCCUACUUGCGGAAUUUCUGGAAUAUUCUGGAUUUUGUCAUUGUCUUUGUUGGACUCUGUACUGUGGCAUUGGAGCAGCUGAGCCCAUCAGCAAAGAGUGCAGGCUUUGAUGUGAAGGCUCUUCGAGCGUUCCGAGUGUUAAGACCAUUGCGCUUGGUGUCGGGAGUUCCCAGUUUGCAGGUGGUUCUGAACUCAAUCAUCAAGGCCAUGGUCCCUCUGCUUCACAUUGCUCUGCUGGUCCUUUUCAUGAUCAUCAUCUACGCCAUCAUUGGAUUGGAGCUGUUCAUGGGCAAAAUGCACAAAACAUGUUUUUACGUUGGCACAGAUAUUGUUGCUGAUGUGUGGCCGGCCCCAUGUGCGCAUUCGGGACAUGGCCGUCAAUGCACCAUCAAUGGCACUGAGUGCAGGUCAGGCUGGCCAGGACCCAACACCGGCAUCACUCACUUCGAUAACUUUGGAUUCGCCAUGUUAACGGUUUACCAGUGUAUCACCAUGGAGGGCUGGACCAAUGUCCUGUACUGGGUCAAUGAUGCCAUUGGAAAUGAGUGGCCUUGGAUCUACUUUGUCAGUCUCAUCCUCUUGGGCUCAUUCUUCGUGCUGAACCUUGUACUGGGCGUCCUGAGUGGGGAGUUUUCCAGGGAGAGAGAGAAGGCCAAGUCUCGGGGAGAUUUCCAGAAGUUCAGAGAGAAGCAGCAGCUGGAUGAGGAUCUGAAAGGUUACCUGGAUUGGAUCACACACGCUGAGGAUAUUGACCUGGACCACAUCAACCACGGAGAUGGAAUGCUAACCUUAAUUGAAAGUGGCUCCAUGGCCUCUCAGGAACUGCUCGAGUUGGAGGGAGUGAGCCUGCUGUCACGUGUCAAUUGGCGAUGUCAGAGAUGGAACCGGCUGUUCAGGCGGAAGUGCAGAGCAUUGGUCAAAUCCGACUUCUUCUACUGGCUGGUGAUAUUCCUGGUUUUCCUCAACACUUUGAUGAUAGCAUCGGAGCAUCACCAUCAGCCUGACUGGCUGACCAACGUCCAGGACACUGCCAACAAGGUGCUCUUAGCCCUGUUCACGGUGGAGAUGAUGCUGAAGAUGUACAGUCUUGGCUUGCAGGCUUACUUUGUCUCACUGUUUAAUCGGUUUGACUGCUUUGUGGUGUGUGGUGGGAUCCUGGAAACGAUUUUGGUGGAGGUGAAGAUGAUGUCUCCACUUGGAAUUUCUGUCCUCCGGUGUAUCCGACUCCUGAGAAUCUUCAAAAUCACCAGGUAUUGGACUUCCCUGAGCAACCUGGUCGCCUCCCUGUUGAACUCAGUCCGUUCCAUUGCAUCCUUACUCCUCCUCCUCUUCCUUUUCAUCAUCAUCUUCUCGUUGCUGGGGAUGCAGCUGUUUGGUGGAAAGUAUAAUUUUGAUGACAUGGUUGUGCGAAGGAGCACAUUUGAUAACUUCCCACAGGCAUUGCUGAGUGUGUUCCAGAUAUUGACUGGCGAGGACUGGAAUUCUGUCAUGAAUGAUGGCAUCAUGGCCUAUGGAGGUCCUUCCUUCCCUGGUGUGCUCGUCUGUAUUUACUUCAUCAUCCUGUUUGUUUGUGGAAACUAUAUUCUGUUAAAUGUUUUCUUGGCCAUCGCUGUUGACAAUCUGGCAGAGGCAGAAAGUCUGACAUCAGCUCAGAAAGAAGCAGCAGAGGAGAAGAAGAGAAGGAAGUUGGAGAGGGCUGCCAACCCGGGCCGAUCAGAGGAAGAGAAACUACUGUUGAAGAAACUUGAACUGGCAAAGCUUAAGGCCGAGGGUAUUCCCACCACUGCCAAGCUGAAAGUGGAUGAGUUUGAAGCUAAUGUCAAUGAGGUGAAGGAGCCUUACCCUUCUGCUGACUUUCCAGGUGAUGAUGAGGAAGAGGAGCCUGAAUUCCCCCUGAGCCCCCGUCCUCGUCCUCUUGCUGAGCUCCAGCUGAAAGAGAAGGCAGUCCCCAUGCCCAAUGCCAGCUCCUUCUUUAUCUUCAGCCCGACAAACAAAUUACGCAAGUUGUGCCACAGGAUCGUAAAUGCAACCACCUUUACAAACUUCAUCCUUCUCUUUAUCCUGUUGAGUAGUAUCUCACUUGCUGCAGAAGACCCCAUUCGAGCAGAUUCCUUCCGCAACCAGGUAAUCCUUGCCUAUUUUGAUAUUGCUUUUACUGCCAUCUUCACCAUGGAGAUUAUUUUGAAGAUGACAACAUAUGGUGCCUUCCUACAUAAAGGCUCUUUUUGUCGGAAUUACUUCAAUAUCCUGGACUUGUUGGUCGUCAGUGUCUCCCUCAUCUCCUUUGGAAUUCAGUCAAGUGCUAUCUCUGUGGUAAAGAUUCUUCGAGUCCUCCGAGUGCUCAGACCUUUGAGAGCUAUUAACAGAGCCAAGGGAUUAAAGCAUGUGGUUCAAUGCGUCUUUGUGGCCAUUAAGACCAUAGGGAACAUUGUGAUUGUUACCACCCUCUUACAGUUUGUGUUUGCCUGCCUCGGGGUGCAACUUUUCAAGGGAAAGUUUUACAGCUGCACUGAUCCCUCCAAAAUGACAGAAGAAGACUGCAAAGGACAGUUCAUUGUCUAUGGUGAACCAGAUCAGCUCUCAGUCCAGGAGCGAAUGUGGCUUAAUAGCGACUUCAAUUUUGACAAUGUGUUGUUGGCGAUGAUGGCUCUCUUUACAGUUUCCACCUUCGAGGGGUGGCCCCAGUUAUUGUACAAAGCCAUUGACUCUCACACUGAAGACAUGGGCCCCAUCUACAACUACCGAGUCGGCAUUUCAAUAUUCUUCAUCAUCUACAUCAUUCUCAUUGCUUUCUUCAUGAUGAAUAUCUUUGUGGGGUUUGUCAUUGUAACGUUCCAGGAACAGGGAGAGGCUGAAUACAAGAACUGUGAGCUCGACAAAAACCAGCGUCAGUGUGUCCAGUAUGCCCUGAAGGCACGACCCCUCAUGAGGUACAUUCCCAAGAACAAAUAUCAGUACAACGUGUGGUAUGUGGUGACCUCCUCAUACUUUGAAUACCUCAUGUUUGCCCUCAUCCUGCUCAAUACCAUCUGUCUUGGGAUGCAGCACUAUGAGCAAUCAGAGGAGAUGAACCAGUUGUCGGACAUACUGAAUGUAGUCUUCACUGGGCUAUUCGCAUUGGAAAUGGUUUUUAAACUUUGUGCUUUCAAAGCUAAAGGUUAUUUUGGAGAUCCCUGGAAUGUAUUUGAUUUCCUGAUUGUCAUUGGCAGUAUUAUCGAUGUGAUCCUCAGUGAGGUCAAUGAGUCAGAGGAUAGCUCCCGUAUCUCCAUCUCCUUCUUUCGUCUAUUUCGUGUGAUGCGCCUGGUCAAAUUGUUGAGCAGAGGAGAGGGGGUUCGAACAUUGCUGUGGACGUUCAUCAAGUCCUUCCAGGCUCUGCCCUAUGUGGCUCUGCUCAUUGUGAUGCUGUUCUUUAUCUACGCUGUCAUUGGGAUGCAGGUCUUUGGUAAGAUUGCCAAUGUGGAUGGAGCACAAAUCAAUCGCAAUAACAACUUCCAGACGUUCCCACAAGCUGUGCUCCUGCUAUUCAGAUGUGCUACAGGUGAAGCCUGGCAGGAGAUUAUGCUGGCCUGCCGACCUGGUAAACUCUGUGACCCUGAAUCUGACUACGAACCUGGCGAAGAGUACACCUGUGGAACCAACUUUGCUGUUUUCUACUUCAUCAGUUUUUACAUGCUCUGUGCUUUCUUGAUUAUUAACCUGUUUGUGGCUGUAAUUAUGGACAACUUUGAUUACCUGACACGUGAUUGGUCCAUUCUGGGCCCUCACCACCUGGAUGAGUUUAAGAGGAUCUGGGCUGAGUAUGAUCCUGAGGCCAAGGGCCGGAUCAAACACCUGGAUGUGGUAACAUUGCUCCGUCGCAUCCAGCCUCCUCUGGGCUUUGGCAAAUUCUGCCCCCACCGUGUGGCCUGUAAGCGGCUGGUGUCAAUGAACAUGCCCAUGAACAGUGAUGGCACAGUCACCUUCAACGCCACACUCUUUGCACUGGUACGAACGGCCCUCAAAAUUAAAACCGAAGGAAAUUUUGAACAGUCGAAUGAAGAACUGAGAACCAUCAUCAAAAAAAUCUGGAAACGAACGAGUAUGAAAUUACUGGACCAAGUGAUCCCCCCAAUUGGAGAUGAUGAGGUGACAGUUGGCAAGUUCUAUGCCACGUUUCUAAUCCAAGAACACUUCCGUAAGUUUAAGAAACGUCAAGAAGAAUAUUAUGGAAUUCUCCCAUCAAAGAAGAACCAGAAUCAAAAUGAGAUUGUGCUCCAGGCUGGAUUGCGCAGUAUUGAGGAGGAGGUUGGUGAUAAUCUCCAUCGAAGUGUAUCUGGAGAGCUGCCAGUUGAAGAGGAAGGAGACCAAACAAUGGAGGAAGGGGGCUUGGACGAAACAAUUUAUAGGAGAACGGGUGGUCUGUUUGGAGAACAGCCUGAUUCGUAUCCAAUGAACAGAAGUGGUUCCUUGCAGCAACACAUGACGAGCCAGCGACCGUUACAAUUCAGCAAAUCUGAGGGUGGAGGAGAGGAGCCUGAAUCGCCACACAGCAGACUGACAGAUUCGCCAUUUAACACAACCAGUUUCUUCCCAGCAACUGACAAUGCAAACACAAAUAAUGCCAACAACACAGCCCUAAACAGUUCAAAGGUGCUGACAGCCCGUGGACUACAGGAACUGGCCAGUGACCCAGCCUUUGUGGCAAUGACUGUGAGUGAGAUGGCAGAAGCUUGCCUGAUGGAUCACAAUGAGCUGGAGAGAGCAGCACUGAACUUGGUGAAAGGCCACUCGAUACAGACAGAACCCAAAGAGAGCCUCUUACCUGAAGCUCUGGUGGAUCCUCCAUCCGGCUGCUGCUGA